AUGGCACCAUCGAAGGAAACGAAGAGAGGACUUGCGCCAAACAGUCAACUUUCAGAAAGAAUUAUGGCAAAAGAUGCGGAGAAAGAAUCUGAAACCGAAGCGCAUGGAGAUGAUAAGCUCGCUGCAACGGAGAAGAUUCCCAGGACCCAGGAAGAUCCAAUGUGCCAGCAUGGGAGUUACUUCAAGGAUUUUGAAGAAUACGAAGAGACAGAUGAUGAUAUCGAAGAAACGCAGACACCGGCAAAUAGAAUUACAGAAGUCAGUCAUCAAAUGGCAUACGUGAUCACCGAAGAGAAUGUCAAAAACCAAUACAAGGAAUCAGCAAGCAGCACUACAACGCGGACACGAAAGGAGCCGAUAUUGUCAAAGCUUGUCAAGUUCAUCUACAAAAAGCAAUCAGUAACCAUCGGGUUAGAGCACUGGCGGUCUCAACUUGAACGAUGGAGAGAUGAUCUCUGA